AUGACUCUUGCAAAAAUAUGCAUUAAAUUCCCUACCACCCUUAAAUUCUUAAAUUCAAAACGUGUAAUUCUUGAUGGCCAGAUUAUCUUCGCUGCCCAUGGUGCUAUCGUGCCUUUGAUCGUGAUGUCGCAUUGCGACACGCUGGUACAUGCGCCCAGAAGACAGCAGAGUCAGGAGGAUUUGCGCCCUUGCCUCUUGGAAGACCCGUGGCGGCCACUCGAAAGGGAAAAACAGACAGAGCUUGGCAAGUAA